CUUUUCUUUCCCUGAAGUACUGAUAAACUUAUAGGUGUGAGAAGAAAUGGUGCGGCCUUAUAAAGUAAAAGGGGAAAAGAGAAAAAAGAAAGAAGAGAAUUAUGAUAAAGAAGAAGAAAUAGAGCAAUCUGCGUCAGCAAAAAGAGUGAAAACAGAACACACUGUUGCAGAUACUGAGGCAGCUGAAAGAGUUGUAGAUUUACUAGCUGGAAUACCAGUUGUUUCAACUGAUCAAAGCACUAAACCUGGUGUUAUUUUCAUAAUUGAGAGAGCUUCUCUCGAAAUUGCUAAAAUUGGAAAGACUUACCAGCUUCUGAACUCAGAUGAACAUUCCAACUUUCUGAAGAAGAAUAAUCGCAACCCUUCUGAUUAUCGGCCUGAUAUUGCUCAUCAGGCAAUGCUUACAAUUUUAGAUAGCCGAAUAAAUAAAGCUGGGCGAUUAAAAGCGUUGUAUGUGAGGACUGAGAAAGGCGUGCUCUUUGAAGUAAAACCUCAUGUUCGUAUCCCUAGGACAUUUAAGCGAUUUGCUGGUAUCAUGUUGCAGCUGCUACAAAAGCUGAGCAUAACUGCUGUUGGUAAACGAGAGAAACUGUUACGUGUUAUAAAAAACCCUGUUUCGCAGUACCUACCCAUCGACUGCCGGAAGAUCGGCUUCUCUCAUAGUUCUGAGAAACUGGUGGAUAUUCAGGACUAUGUUAAUGGAAUUAGCAAUGACAUGAACCUUGUUUUCAUGGUUGGGGCAAUGGCCCAUGGAAAAAUUGAUAAAGAAUAUGUCGAAGAUUAUAUAUCAGUUUCCGAUUAUCCAUUGAGUGCUGCAUACUGCAUAUCUAUGAUCACGAAUGCUGUGGAGCGCAAAUGGAAAAUUUUGUAGACUUGCACCUUACCCUGAUUUUAGUUGCUACAUUUACUUUCUAGAAUGUUAUCCUUUCAAGUACUCGUCUUACCUUGUCAUCCUAAUUUAGCAUUUACUCUAUUUUUAAAUAUAUUUUUGUUUCUUUAUCUUCUUUUCUCUGUCAUAUAAAGUUUCAAAUCAAUGUAAUGAAGGAUUUGUUGUUGAUCCAA